AUGGGCUGGGGCGGCUGUGGUAAGGAUUGGGGCGCCGCAGGCGGUCAGGACUGGGGCUGCGGUGGACAGGACUGGGGCGCUGGGGCAGCGGCUGGUGGCUUCGGCGCAGCCUGCGGUGGGUGUGGCAAGGGCUAUGGUGGUGGCUAUGGCGGUGAUGGUGGCUGUGGCAAGGGCAUGGGCAAGGCCAUGGGUGGCAUGGGAAUGGGCAUGGGCAAGGGCAUGGGCAUGGGCAAAGGAGCAGGAUGCGGCAGCAACUGGGGCGGCUGUGGCGUUUGGCAGCCCAUGUUCAAUCCCAUGAUGAUGAUGAAGGGCUUCGGCAAGACGGGCCUGCGCAACUUCCAGAACGAUCGCAAGGUCUUCGUGGGAGGCAUGCCGCCAAACAACACCAGCAAAGAGAUCAACAUGAAAUUGAAGGAGCACAUGUCCACCGCAGGCGUCACAUGCCUCUACGCAGAGAUUGGCAGGAGUGGCACAGGAGGAGCUGCGUACAAGUCCAACAGUGAAGCCAUGACCGCCUGCGCCGCCUUGAACGGCUCCCAGUUCGAGGGCGACUGGGGCUGCGGUGGACAGGACUGGGGCGCUGGGGCAGCGGCUGGUGGCUUCGGCGCAGCCUGCGGAGGGUGUGGCAAGGGCUAUGGUGGUGGCUAUAGCGGUGAUGGUGGCUGUGGCAAGGGCAUGGGAAAGGCCAUGGGUGGCAUGGGAAUGGGCAUGGGCAAGGGCAUGGGUAUGGGCAAAGGAGCAGGAUGCGGCAGCAACUGGGGCGGCUGUGGCGUUUGGCAGCCCAUGUUCAAUCCCAUGAUGAUGAUGAAGGGCUUCGGCAAGACGGGCCUGCGCAACUUCCAGAACGAUCGCAAGGUCUUCGUCGGAGGCAUGCCGCCAAACAACACCAGCAAGGAGAUCAACAUGAAAUUGAAGGAGCACAUGUCCACCGCCGGCGUCACAUGCCUCUACGCAGAGAUUGGCAGGAGUGGCACCGGAGGAGCUGCCUACAAGUCCAACAGUGAAGCCAUGACCGCCUGCGCCGCCUUGAACGGCUCCCAGUUCGAGGGCGUCACGUUGCAGGUGGAGAUGCACAAAGCCAUGAGCAGAGUUGAGAAACCCAAUCCAUUCAAUCCAGGUUCUAUGAACGGAAGCAUCAGCCCGGAGUGGCUGGUAGCCAGGCAACGCCACAACGCCUGCUCGGAAACGCUGGGUGCCAAGUUGUCCAUUGCCGAAGCAGACAAGUCUGCGUUGGAAAAGGAGAAGGACCAGUUGGAGGCUGAGCUGGCCAAGUUGAACGCCCAAAUUGCGGCGCGGCAGGUGGAAGUGGAGGCCAUCCAAACCCAAGCGGAUGCGGCCAAAGCCUCCGGUGUCCUGGAUCCCAUGGGUUUUCAGACCGGCGUCAAAGCUUUGGAAGCGGCGGAUGUGGAGGCCCUGGGUGAGAAGUGGAAGGAACAGGGGCACAAGGCCGUGGAAGAUGCGCAGGCUCGCGCAGCCGCAGUGACACAGAAAACCACUGAGGAGCUGGACCGUUUGUUGUCGCGCUUCAUGGAGUUAGUGCAGCAAGUGCAGGAUUCGGAGGCGUUCCAAUCAGCGUCCAGCCAGCUGCAAAGCGCCACAGAGCAGGGCAUGGCUACGGCAUCCUCCGCCCUAGCGCAGGCCUCCUCACAAGCCAACGCGGCGCUGCAGCAGGGCAUGACAACGGCCUCACAGGCAGCAGCACAGGCCAGGGAUGCCAUGGAACAGCGCGGCUGAGUUCGCAGUUCGUGAAGCGAAGAAAUGCGGCGUGUUGCGGUGCGUUGUGC